CGCUCUACCCAAUUCCACCAAUCAGAUUCAAGGAUACACAAUCCAAUGGUCAAUAACCUAAAUCUCAAUCCUCACGCGGAUCGCCAUCUGAUCCAACGACCACCACACCGCCUUGCCUUCUAUAAAACUAACUCUCCAAACUCUACCUCAUCGAAUCAAAUCACAUUAAAUCAAAAAACAAAACUCAAAGUCUGUAAAAAAAUGUCAGGGAGAGGAAAGGGAGGCAAGGGAUUGGGAAAGGGAGGGGCCAAGAGGCAUCGUAAGGUUCUUCGUGAUAACAUCCAGGGUAUCACCAAGCCUGCGAUCCGUCGUCUAGCAAGGCGUGGUGGUGUCAAGCGUAUCAGUGGUCUUAUCUACGAGGAGACCAGAGGCGUGCUCAAGAUCUUCCUGGAGAAUGUGAUUCGUGACGCUGUAACCUACACAGAGCACGCACGCCGCAAGACAGUGACUGCUAUGGAUGUCGUGUAUGCUUUGAAGAGGCAAGGCCGUACUCUUUAUGGUUUUGGUGGUUAAAGGAAUUUGGGGAUUUUCUGGGCUAGUGGUCGAUUUAGGGUGUUUUGUUUGUUCUUGUUAGGUACGUGGGUUGAUAGGCUUUAGGUAGACGUCUAAUUCUUGUAUUUUCAAAGCUGCAAGUGUCUCUCUCUUGAUGCUUGAUCUAAAUGAAAUGCUCCUUUUCCUUUUUA